AUGUUACCAAGAUAUUUCAUCUUCUAUAAUCAUAAUAAUGUGACUGAUGUUUUUACAUGUAAAAAAGUUACCUAUGAUGGCAUUGAUGUAGUCUCGCAACAUCUAGCUCAGUUAUAUGACAAAGCUAUUGAUGCUGAAGAUAGGGCAAAUCGAGCUAAUCAGGAAGAAAUUUUAUGUGGUGUGGAUGAUGAAUCUUUAGAUAAGGUAGAGCCGGGCCAAAGAGGUUCUUUGAACCAGGCACUUUCGCAUGAUGAUAAUGACUGUAGUCACAACAAUGAUUCUAAAGAAGAGAUGCCAAAUGAAUCGGAUGACGAUGGAUAUAGUGGAUGCGGUGGAUAUAAUGAAUAUGGUGAACGUGAUAAAGGUUAUUAUGAUUUAAAUAGCGAGAAAAAAACUUCUAAAAAUUCUGAUUAUUUAAUUAGCGCAUAUUAA